AUGCACGCCCUCCAUGACCGACCACCGCCUGGUGAAUUGGAAAAGGAGGAGGGUGAUACCUGUUCACAAGAUACAUUGCACCCUUCAGACUCGGUUUCCAACAGAAAUUACCGUGGUGACGCACAAGUCCAUGAGGGACCGCGGCUGGACAUCAGGAUUGAACUGAAAAAGAAUGAUGCCUACGACGAACUCCCCUUCUCGUACUCCAAGUCCAGGAAAUGGAUGAUCCUCACCGUCAUCUUCCUCGUCCAGACAUCCAUGAACUUCAACACGUCACUGUACUCGAACGGUCUAGCCGGCAUAUCUGAAGAGUUUGGUAUCAGCCUCCAGAAAGCCCGCUGGGGCGCAGCCAUCUUCCUCAUCACCUAUGCCUUCGGGUGCGAGCUUUGGGCGCCGUGGUCCGAAGAGUUUGGUCGCAAAAAGGUUCUGCAGGCCUCACUCCUUCUGGUCAACAUCUGGUCCAUCCCCGUCGCCCUCGCUCCCAAUUUCGCAACCAUCCUCGUUGGCCGCGCCCUAGGAGGCCUAUCGUGCGCUGGUGGCAGUGUCACUCUCGGCAUGAUUGCCGACAUGUACGAGCCUGCUGACCAGCAAGUUGCCGUCUCCUAUAUCGUCUUUUCCUCGGUGGGCGGAUCAGUCCUUGGCCCCAUCAUCGGCGGAUUUGUCGAGACCUAUCUAGACUGGAGGUGGUGCAUCUGGAUCCAGCUGAUCUUUGGUGUUUUCGUUCAGCUUCUUCACCAACUCUGUGUUCCAGAGACGAGAUGUACUAUCCAUCUCGACGAAAUCGCCAAGAAGCGCAGAGAGUCAGGCAUGGCACCCAAUGUCUACGGCCCCAAUGAACUCUGCCCCAUCCAUCAACGCUUCAGUUGGAAAGAGUUGACGAAAAACUGGGGCCGUCCCUUUCGAAUGUUUGUUACGGAGCCGAUCGUCCUCACUUUCUCACUACUGUCGGGAUUCUCUGAUGCCCUCAUCUUUAUGCAGAUCCAGUCCUUUGUUCUGGUCUACAAUCAAUGGGGAUUCUCCAAGAUCCAAAUUGGCCUUGCUUUCAUCCCAAUUGGCGUGGGGUACCUGAUCGCCUGGCUGUCCUUCUUACCAGCUUUCAAGCGCAACAAGAGGGCACGCGAUCUCAAACCGCAUAGCGAGCACGCGCAGUAUGAAUCUCGACUAUGGUGGCUUCUCUGGACUGCGCCAUGCUUGCCCAUAGGUCUGAUCAUUUUUGCCUGGACGUGCAGUGGACCGCCCAUUCAUUGGACUGGGACCAUGGUCGGGUCUGCCAUCAUUGGCAUUGCGAACUAUUCCAUCUACAUGGCCACCAUCGACUACAUGAUUUGCGCAUACGGCCCCUACUCGGCUUCGGCUACCGGAGGUAACGGGUGGGCUCGCGACUUCCUUGCUGGUGUCCUAACUGUGCCCGCCACACCCUUCGUUAGCAACAUUGGCGGGAAGAGGCACUUGGAGAUUGCCAACACCAUCCUGUUCGCUAUCUCCCUUCUUCUCGUCACGGCGGUCUACUUAACGUAUAUCUACGGACCGACUCUCCGGAAGAAGUCCCCCUACGCGCAAAGUCUGGCCAAAAAUGCCACCCAAGAUGAGUUUGGACACUCGCGGCCUCCAUCCAGAAUCUCCGAUCGGGAAGAGAUCUGUCUCUGA